ACUUCCUCUCUCCAGGGGAUCAUAUACUACGUAAUAGCCUCUAUCAAGCUGGAGGAGUGGCUGGCCAAUGAGACGAUGAGGGAGGGGCUGAAGGCCUGUGGAGAGAGGAACUACGUGGACCUGGACCCGACCUUUAACCCCAACAUAGACCAAGACUACGACCACCGUCUGGCUGGUAUCUCCAGGGACUCCUUCUGCCAGGUCUACUUGGGCUGGAUCCAGUAUUGUAACUCUCGACGGGCCAAGCCUCUGGACAGUGAGAAGGACUCUUCCCUGGUGUUGCUGUGUUUUGGCCUGUGUGUGCUGGGCAGGAGAGCACUGGGUACCGCUGCACAUCACAUGUCUAGUAACCUGGAGUCUUUCCUGUAUGGGCUCCACGCGCUGUUCAAGGGAGACUUCCGGAUCUCCUCGGUGAGAGAUGAGUGGAUCUUUGCCGACAUGGAACUACUGAGGAAGGUGGUGGUGCCUGGGAUACGCAUGUCACUCAAACUACACCAGGACCACUUCACGUCUCCAGAUGAGUAUGACGAGCCGAUGGUUCUGUUCCAGGCCAUCUCGUCUCACCAGCAGAACCUGGUGAUCGCCCACGAGGGUGACCCGGCCUGGCGCAGUGCCGUGCUCUCCAACUCGCCCUCACUGCUCGCCCUGCGCCACGUCCUGGACGAGGGAACCAACGAGUACAAGAUCAUCGUACUCAACAGACGAUACCUCAGCUUUAGGGUCAUCAAGGUGAAUAAGGAGUGUGUCCGUGGUUUGUGGGCGGGACAGCAGCAGGAGCUGGUGUUCUUACGGAACAGGAACCCGGAACGCGGAAGCAUCCAGAACGCCAAACAGGCGUUACGCAACAUGAUCAACUCCUCGUGUGACCAGCCCAUUGGAUACCCCAUCUACGUGUCGCCCCUGACUACGUCCUAUUGCAACUCACACACACAGCUAGGUCACAUCCUGGGAGGACCAAUCAGCAUUGGCAAUAUAAGGAACUUAAUUGUCAGUACCUGGCACAGACUGCGUAAGGGCUGUGGAGCUGGCUGUAACAGUGGUGGGAACAUUGAGGAUUGUGAUGCAGGGGGCUUGUCCUGUACCAGUGGUAAUGGGACAGGGCUGAGCGGUGACUCUCAGCAGAGCUCGGUGUCCCAGGGGGGGCUGUCAAGACCGGCCGCUCCCCUGGCCUACCAGCCACACACUAUUGGUGAGAACCAUCACCACGUACAUCACCACGGACACCACCACCAGGGCUGGGGGACCAGUCAGAGCUCCCAGUCGGUUCAGUCUGGUCUUGUGCACCACUCCCCGGCCCGAGCCUCCGUAACCAGCCAGUCUUCAUCGUACCGCUAUAACAGCAGCCGCCACUCGUCUCUCCGUACCUCAGCCACAGGCCUGGAGCCCUGCCGACGCUCCUCCACCAGCCAACUGUCCCUCCGCACCCUCCCCACCUCCCUACAGCUCCGCCUGGGCUCAGGGUCGUCCUCGGACCCCGCCGGCCCCUCUGCCUCCCUCUCCUCCCACAGUAUCCCGCCCUGUAAGAGACACACCCUAGUAGGCCUGCUGGGGAACGACGGGCUGGGUAGCGCCAUAGUGGACCCGCUGGGUCACCACCACCACCACCACCACCAACACGUCCCGGCUCUGUCCGCUGUACGACGAGACGACAUUUCCUACAGAGUGCAGAUCGUGGAUGUGAGUCAGGUGCUGGAGAUCAUUAACCUGUCUAAGCGGAAGGAGCUGCAGUGGCCUGAUGAGACGGUGAGGUUGAGGGCAGGACGCAGCUGCUGGAGGGACUGGAGCCCCCUGGAGGGCAUGGAGGGACAUGUGAUUCACCGGUGGGUGCCUUGUAGCCGUGACCUCACCAGCCGCUCCCAUAUAGACAAGACCAUCCUGCUGGUUCAGGUGGAUGAUAAGCUGGUUCCCAUCGUAGAGACUGGGGUCAUAGAGCUGGGGGCCGAGGUCUGACAGCCACUGGUUCAGGUGGAUGAUAAACUGUGGUCGAAUGAGAAAUGCUUGUUUUCUGUUUUGAAACCUGGGGUGUAUACGGUCUGCCCUAAUGACUACACCCUAGUCCUUCUGGGAGUAACCCAGUCACGAGUUAGAGGUCAGGGUUCACCUUACUGCAGGCCGAAGAGCAGACCAGCCUGCUGACAGUGAGGAAAGGAAGGGAUCCCCCCUCCUCUCUCUGUCGUCUCUCCUCUGUCCUGUCUCUUCCGUCCACUCUCCUCUCUGUCGUCUCUCCUCUGUCCUCUCUCUUCCGUCCACUCUCCUCUCUGUCGUCUGUCCUCUGUCCUCUCCUCCGUGACCCGGAAACCGAUGAGUGGUCGAGGAGUGUGUCGGGUUCGUUAGUAGGCGAACGGAAGACGGUCCUCCCCUCCUUGUCUAAAGCCUCCUUUUGGCGAGGAAGCACAAGUGUAUCCUACAACGGAAGAGUUUGUGAUAUCUCCCACACACCCUUUUGAAUCAGCCGUUGUAAUUGUCAGAGGAGAAAAGCAUGGACACGUUUAAAAAAACAAAAAAAACAACGAUAUGCUAUUUAUCCUUUAUCUAGAAAAUGUAUUGCGUAACUAACUUCAUUUAGUAUUUAUCACGUAACACAUUUAUUUUGGAAUCCACCCCUGUCAACAUCAUUUGCCUGAUGGAACAGGAGUGGAAAAGGGACCGUUUCAUUUCAUACAAGCGCAUUUUCGUCCACUUUCCCUCUCCUCGCCUCCUCCAUUGACCUUUGACCUUUUUUCAAAAGGAGAGGGCUGCAGGAGUUGAGCAAAUCGAAUGGGGGGGAAAAAGGGCCCAUAUCUGCAUUCAAAAAUGGCACCGUAUUUCCCUAUAUAUAUAUAUAUAUAUAGUGCACUACUUUUCACAAGGCACUACUUUUUGCAGUAUAGGGUGCUGUUUAGGACGAACUCUAUAUGUUUUGAGGGGAAAAGGAAUCCAGGGGAGAGUGGCGAUGGAGGAGGCAGAUGGCAGUCCACACAUGAACACACAUCUACAGUAACUUGCAAAAGUAUUCAUACCCCCUUGGAUUUCUUCCUAUUUUUAUUGUGUUGCAAAAAAAAAAAAAAAA